GGAGGGCUUCCGCCUUGCAGCGCAGCUCGAAUCAGCAGCCGCCCAGCAGGCCUCCCGCCCGUAUUUCCCCGCGUCCAUCCCUCUGUCCCACGGUCGGUGGGUCAGCGGAGCCUGAUGGAGGUCUUGGGCUCUGGGCACUAUGUUGGAGGCGGCAUCAGGUCCAUGGCGGCGGCGGCCCUGUCUGGCCUGGCGGUGCGGCUGUCGCGCUCGCAGGGGACCCGCGGCUCGUAUGGCGCCUUCUGCAAGACGCUCACGCGCACGCUGCUCACCUUCUUCGACCUGGCCUGGCGGCUGCGCAAGAACUUCUUCUAUUUCUACAUCCUGGCCUCGGUGAUUCUCAACAUCCACCUGCAGGUCCUCUCCUGAUAUUCCCAGACUUCUGGCUUUACAGGCAGAGAUGCAGGUUUCAGGCCCCGGACUUCCCUCCGACCGAUCUACAGCCUGGGCUUUCUGUUGCCAUCCUUGACCUCUUCCUUGGGUGCAGUUUUGUAACUGCAUUCAGACUCAGACAGAUACUGGUCACCUGAAUGACUACUGGCAUUGAUCUCCUUUUCCAGAAACUCAGAGAGACUGUUUUUAGAACCCUCAUCUCCCAAUAUAGGGGUGGGAGUGGUCAGAGAGUUAUAAACAUCCUGUCUUCCAAGGCAUGGCUUACCACAAGUCCCCAAUUUGAGUAGUUUUAGUCCAAAUCUAAUAGCUUUGUUUCAAACCUUUCCUGAAACAUGCUUAGGAACUUAGA